AUGCGUUGCAAAGGCAUUGCCGUCAUCGCGGCUGCUGGACUUGCUUCCACUGCCAGUGCACACUUCGAAAAACCAUCCAUUUAUCAUCCUUCUUCAAUCACCACAGGCAAAUCAGUUUCGACCCACUCAUCCAACCCACCUUCAGCUCAUACAUCUGGCUCAGAUUCCAUUCAUUGGUCCCAUGAAAGCCUUGGUGAAACUUCCGCUUUCCAUUCGAGUGUGAUUUCUGUUCCAGUUCACUCAUCGAAGAUUGCCCCCACAAGUUCGAGUGUCCAUUCCAGUGUAGCUGCUGUUUCGAGCCAUUCAUCCAGCUUACCGUUGAUUCACCCAUACUUAGCUGCAACCCAUUCAUCCAAUGUUGUUUCAGUCAAAAGCUCAACUCCUCAUUCUAGUGAAGCUACUGCUCAUUCAUCAAAAUUACCGUCAGUUCAUUCGUCAUUGGCUUCGAGUCACUCGUCCCACGAGGCCUCGACUCAUCUAUCAAAUGUCACUCCUGUUGAAACUUCUACUGGUCAUUCCGGUGUAGCUUCGAUUCACUCCUCCUUAGCUUCUAGUCACUCAUCGAAGAUUUCCCCAAUUGCAAGCUCGACUCACCAUUCCGGCGAAGCUACCUUGUCAAGUCAUUCAUCAAGCUCACCAUCGAUUCAUUCAUCCGACGUGAUUUCCAUGCACUCUUCCUUGGCUUCAACUCAUCUGUCUAACUUGGCUUCAAUUCACUCAUCCAAGACCGCUCACAUCAUAAGUUCCACUAGUCAUUCUAGUAAGGAUUCGACUCACACUUCCCUGGUUCAUCAUUCCAAUACAGGCCAUAGCAAAAGUUCUGCUGGCCAUUCUAGUAAAGAUUCGAUUCACACUUCCUUAACUCGUCACUUCAAUACAAUCCACAGCAAGAUUUCUGCUGCUCAUUCUAGCAAAGCUUCAGUUCACACGUCACUGGCUUCCAGCAAUCAUUUUCAUGCGAUCCCUAGUUCAAGUUCUGCCGAUCAUUCCAGUAAAGCUCCAGUUCACACGCCCUUGCCUUCGAGUCAUUCGAGUUUAACCUCAAGUCAUCACUUCAACACAAUCCACAGUAUAAGUUCUGCUAGCCAUUCUAGUAAAGCUCCGACUCAGACGUCUAAAUAUUCGAGUCAUCACUCGGAUGCUACUACUAAAAAGAACUCCAUUGGUCACUCCAGUGUCACUCCGGUUCACAAGACUAUACUUUCGACUUCAAGUCAUCGCUCGGAUGCUAUUACUAGUAAACAUACUGUUGGUUAUUCCAACGUCGCUCCGAUCCAUACACCUUUGAGUUCCAGUCACUCAACCUCAACUUCGAGUCAUCACUCUGAUGCGAGCCAUGUUUCACCUCCUAAUCAUUCUGGUUUAUUCCCGGCUCACACGUCCUUGGCUUCGAGUCACUCGUCCUAUGCAAAAUCCAUUGCAACUUCUCACCAUUCUGGUGUAGCUUCGAUUCACUCAUCUCAUACAGACUCUGUUACAACUUCGAGUCAUUCCAGCAUAGCCUCAGAACACUCAUCUUAUGCGGGUUCUAUUGCGACUUCUAGUCAUACCACUGUAGCUUCUGAACACUCAGCUCCCCACUCAUCCCACUCGUCCCACUCGGCCUCCAGUUCCAGUGUUCAUUCGGUGCAUCCGUCUAAUGUGGCCUCGGCUCAUCAUACCAAUCUCGCUUCGAGCCAUUCAUCUCAUAUCGUCCAUAGUACAACUUCCGUUAUCCAUUACGGUGCAUCUCCGGUACCUCAAUCUACCUCGACUUCCUCUCUUCAUCCUAAUACGGAUUCUGCGCAUUCAUCUCAAAAAACCUCUGCUGUUCAUUCUAGUGUAAAUUCGGCUCAUGUAUCCAGCUUGGCCUCUUUUCAUUCCAGUAUAUCUUCCGCGCAUAAAUCCAGCUUUACUUCCGUUUUGCACUCUAGCACAGCUUCUACGCAUUCAUCCAAUCAAGCUUCUACUAUUCAUUCUAGUGUGGCUUCGAUACAUCCAUCCAGCUCAACUUCCGCUUCACAUUCUAUUGUAUCUUCAGUUCAUUCCAGUUUAGCCUCGGUGCAUUCAUCCAGCCUAAACUCUGCUUCUCAUUCUUCUGGACCAUCGAUUCAUCCAUCAAGCUUAGCUUCUGCUUCACAUUCUAGUAUGACUUUCGCUCAUUCUAGUAUACCUUCGGUUCAUUCCAGUGGACUAUCGGUUUAUCCAUGGAACUCAGCCUCUUUCCAUUCUAGUAUGACUGCUGCUAAUUCUAGUAUACAUUCGGUUCAUUCCAGUGAACAUCCAGUUCAUCCAUCAAACACAGCUGCUUAUCAUUCCAGUGGACAGCCGGUUCAUUCAUCAACCGUGACUUCUCAUCAUUCCAGUGUGGUUUCUGUCCAUUCUAGUGAAAAAUUGGUACAUCCAUCAACCACUAGUGUUGCUUCAGUUCACUCUAGUAAACAGCCGGUUUAUCCAUCAAGCUCGAACUCUUUCCAUUCUAGUAUAGCUUCAGAUCAUUCCAGUGAAACAUCGGUUCGUUCAUCAAGCUCUGUGCUUCUUCAUUAUGGUGCACCUUCGGUUCAUACCAGUGGACUAUCAGUUCAUUCCAGUGAGCCAUCGGUUCAUCCAUCAGCCUUAACUUCCGCUGUUCAUACCAAUUCAUCGAAUUCGAGCUUGCCAUCCAAAAUGAGACCAGAGGAAUCUUCUCACACCAAGGGACUUUCUUCGACUAUAAAGUCAUCGAUUACUAACCCAGGUUACAUUCACCCAUCCAGCGUAGAAUUACCACACACAACCCUGGCCUCCUCUCCAUUAUCCAGCUGGGUGCCAGCCGCCUCUUCCGCUCAUGAUUCCUCCACUCAUGAUUCCUCCACUCAUGAUUCCUCCACUCAUGAUUCCUCCACUCAUGAUUCAUCCACUCAUGGUUCCUCCGCUCAUGGUUCCUCUACUCACGUUCCCUCUGCUCACGGUCCCUCUGCUUAUAGUCCCUCCACUUCUGGUCCUUCUACUCCUGAAUUCACUACACCGGGUACCAGUGUGUCAAUGCCAGUCGACUCUGUAUCAGCAUGGUCAUCAAGUCUCAUGACUUCUCAAACCAGUUCCAUCCCAAUUUAUGUCAAGCCACAAACUUCAAAGUCAAGUAUUAUUAAUUAUGGCCCUACCGAAACCGGGGGGUCCGUACCAAAUAAUGUUACCACACAUGCCUCAGAAUCUUCUACGAUUUCCUCAAUUGCUUUAUCUAGUCAAAGCAGUACUGAAUUUGUCGGAUCCACAAAGACAAAUGGAUGGGCUCCUUAUACAUACUCCUCAUCAUCCAGCAAGACUACAAGUGAAACUGAGAAGGAGAAAUCCAAAACUGCCUCUUCACCAAGUAUUUCAGCAUCCCAUGGAGCCUAUCAAUAUGGAUCAAUUACUUCCGAAUCAUAUCCAACUGCUUCGGCCCAAUCAACAGAAACCGAUAGCACAGUCGCAGCUGGAAUUUCUUCUACUUCAUCGGACUCUUCGGUCUCCAAAAUCCCUCAUGUCUCAACCUUCUCAUCGAUUCCAAUGCAUUCUACUCCAUCCUUUAAUUCUUCGAAAUCUAAAUGGACUGAUACUACAACUUCAAUUGGAGCGUCUUCCACCCUAUCGAGUGAAAGCUCGUCUGUUCUAUCUGAUUCUUCUACACUUGAAGUCUCUUCUGAUGUCCCAACAACGACACAAUCACACAGCCACCAGACCACCAACAUUUCAUCAACAAAACAAACAAUCGAUCACCAGACUACCGAUGCUCUAUCAAGUAUUGUUCAAUCACAUAGUGACCAGACUACCCAUGUCACAUCAAGUCUUGUGGAAUCACACAGUCACUGGACCACCCAUAUUCCGUCCACACAAUCGUUCUAUCACUAUACUACCGAUGUCCCAUCAAGUGUUGUUGAACAACCAUCCGUGACUCGAGGAUAUCAAACUGUAUCGGUAACUUCAGCCGCUACCUCAUCAUUCACCAGUGGUAAUACCUUCAAACCCGGUGAAACUCUAUCCAGCUCUACUGGUGCAAGUUCUUCAAACACACAUACUUUCCCAGUAUCUGCCUCAACUGCUCCGUCAUCCGUGUCAUCAUUCCCAGGAUCAGCAGCUACCACUGUGCCCUCUUCUGGUUCAAUCAGUGCAUCUAGUCUUUUAGGAUAUGGAGCUGGAAUUCCUUCUACGCUAUCCACUUCUCUUGGUGGAGUUUCUCCAACCUCAUCCAGCUCUUCUAAUAGAAUUACUCAUACUCCAGUACUCUCACCUAUUCAUGAAUUUCCACCUACUUCAUCGACCCAUAGAGGCCCAUGUAUAGCUAGUCACGGAGGUCCAUGUGUCCCAUUCAUUCAUGGAGGUCCAUACACCUCCUUGGCACAUAAUAAUACUUCAACACAUGGUAUCUCUUCAACGGAUGUUAUCUCUUCGAUGACACACAGUGUAACUUCAGAACAUGGCAUUCAUUCAACAAUGCACAGUGUGUCUUCUGCAGAUAGCAUAUCCUCCACACAUUCUUCCGCACACAGUGCCUCUUGGACGCAUAGUGCCUCUUCCACACAUGGUACUCCUUGGAUGCAUAGUGUCCAUCCGACGCACAGUACCUCCUCCAAGCAUGAUAUCCAUUCGACGCACAUCCCUUCCGAUCAUGCUUCCACACAUGGUAUAUCUUCCACAUACAUUGCCUCUUCGAAGCAUGAUAUCCAUUCGACGUAUAUUGCCUCUUCAAAGCAUAAUGUCCAUUCGAAGUACAAUGCGUCUUCCACACAUACUUCCACCCACAGUAUCGUUUCCACACAUAGUAUCUCUUCUACACAUAACAUCCCUUCGAAAACACACAGUGCCUCUUCCGCAUAUAGUACUCCUUGGAUGCACAGUGUAUAUCCAACACACAGUACCUCCUCUAAGCACAAUAUCCAUUCGACGCACAAGAUCCCUUCCAAUAAUACUUCUACACAUGGUAUAUCCUCCACACAUAUUGUCUCUUCUUCGGAGCAUGAUGUCCAUUCCACGUACAGUACCUCUUCGACGUAUAGCGCAUCUUCCACACAUGAUGCCCCAUGGAAGACACACGAUGUCCCUUCCAAUCAUACUUCCACACAUAGUGUACCUUCAACACACAUUGCCUCUUCGGAGUAUGAUAUCCAUUCGACCUAUGGUGCUUCUUCGAAACAUUCUUCCACCCAUAGUGUCUUUUCUACACAUGAUACCCCUUCAAAAACACACAGUGCCUCUUCCACACACAUUACCCCUUCUAUACACAAUAUCUCUUCGACGCAUGAUUCCACACAUAGCGUAUCCUCCACAAAUGGUAACCCUGCUACACAUACUUCAACGCACGACAUCCAUUCGACACACGAUAUUCCUUUGACGCACAGCAUGUCUUCAACACAUAAGAUUUCUUCCGCUGAAUCAACUUUAUCUAUACCUUCCUCAUCUUCAACCCACGAUAUACCUGUUCCAUCUACUCAUAAUAGUCCAUGUAUAUCAUCUGUCCAUGGAGGUUCAUGCAGCCCGUCAAUUGUUACCGUUACUUCCACUCUAUUAACCUCCUUUGGACCUUCCACUUCUUCUAUACCUGAGAUUUCACCCAUACCAUCUACCCAUGGUAGUUCAUGUAUUCCACAUAUUCAUGGAGACUCAUGUACCGAAUCUGUUCAUGAAAUUUCUUCUGCUCCAUCAACUACACCUGUGCCUUCCACCUCCACUAUCCACGAAGUACCACCCACUCCAUCUGACCACGGUAGUUCGUGUAUUCCACAAAUUCACGGGGGCUCAUGUACCAAAUCUGUUCAUGAGAUCUCUUCUGCUCCAUCAACUACAUCUAUGCCUUCCGCUUCCUCUAGCCACAAAGUACCACCCACUCCAUCUGACUAUGGUAGUUCAUGUAUUCCACAUAUCCAUGGAGUUUUGUGCACUCAAUCGAUUCAAAUUACUUCGACUUUAUCCAAACCUUCAACCUCUUCUGUCCAUGAAGUCCCACCUGUCUGGUCUACCCAUCAACCUUCAUGCAUCCCACAUAUCCAUGGAGGCUCAUGCACCAAGCCUAUUCAUGAUGUAUCUCCUACUCCAUCAACUUUACCCAAACCUUCAAUAUCUUCUGUUCAUGAAGUCCCACCUGUCUAUACACAUGGUAGUUCAUCCACCCAUCAAGGCUCAUGUAUCCCUCACAUCCAUGGAGGCUCAUGUACCGAGUCCACACAUAGUCUUUCUUCUACUCCGUCAAUUUUAUCGAAACCUCCCACUUCUUCCAUCCACGAGGUUCCACCCGUUUCAUCUACCCACGAAAGUUCACCUCCUCACUAUGGUUCUUGUAUCCCUCACAUCCAUGGAGAUUCAUGCACCAAGUCCUCCGUUACUCCACACCAAAGCUCGUUCACCACUUCGAUAUCGGCCCCCGCCAGUUCCAAAACUACCUCCGCCGUACCAUCUAUAUACACUGUAAAAUCAGGUGAUGUUCUUUUCAGUGUUGCUAAAGAUAAUGGAAUCCCGUUGGCUACUCUCGAGGCUUUGAAUCCACAGAUCGCAAAUCCAGAUUUACUACAACCUGGACAGGUUAUCAACCUCAAACCUCAUACCCCACCCUCACCAAGUACAUAUACUGUCAACAAAGGAGAUAGUCUGUACAGCAUUUCCAAAGGAUUAGGGAUUUCAUUGGCUGAACUCAAAGCCGCAAAUCCAGAAAUUUCUAACUUUGAAUUGAUUCAGCCUGGACAAAUAAUCAAACUCCCCUCUAAUGGCGCUACCGUUAUUGUGAAGCCAGGAGAUACUCUCAGUUCUUUGGCCGCUGCAAACAAAGUUUUACUCCAAGCCUUGGAAGCCGCCAAUCCAGGUAUCCAUGACUACAAUUCUAUUGCUCCAGGUCAAACCAUCAACAUCCAACCAAGCAAUGCUGCCCACGGUAAAGAUCAUACACACAUCGUUAAACCAGGAGAUACACUCACCGAUAUCGCCAAUGCCAACGGUAUCACUCUUGACACUUUGAAAGCCGCAAAUCCAAACAUCGUUAUGGUCAACUCACUCUGGCCUGGCGAGACUGUGAAAAUCCCCAGUACCGGUGGAGACAACCACAAAACUUACACUGUUAAACCAAAAGAUACCUUGUUUGAUUUGGCGCAUAAAUUUGAAGUCACUCUCAAAGAUCUCAAGCAUGCCAAUCCACAUAUUCAGAAUUUUGAACAGAUCAAACCAGGAGACGUCAUUAAUGUUCCUGAGUACAAGCCAAAGUCAAAGAGAAGACUUAAUAGUGUUAAGUUCAGAUCUUUAUUCUAA